AAUAAUCAAAUCACACAGAAUACAAAAUUACUUAAAUGCCAAAAUCAAUUAACAUUUUAUCAAGAAAACCAAUCCCCAAGCUAUAACUAUAAAGAAUGGAAAUUGAAUCAUAAAUAUGCCCAUCUUCCCAGAAUUCAACGCCCACCUCUGUCGCAACUCACAAUGGCGUGAAAACUCACUGUGUUGAAAAAAAAUUCCAUUUUAAUUUCCAUGCCCAAGUGACACAACAGUCAAUCAAAAAGCAGGCCACGGGGGACAGGUCAGAGGGCACGCUGCUACCAUAACUCCACCUUGACACCUUUGUGACCCGACGGCACCCGCUGCUCGCGGAUAUUUAUGACAGAAAUUUAAAAUUAAUGAUGUGUGACAUGGAAUUGUCGCCAAAAAUAAAACGGAGAGACGGGGAAAAAGUAAUGGUGAAAAAUUAAACAGACAGAAAAGCUUACAGAAACCUUGAGGACAAGUGAGCCAACAUUCGAUUUAAAAAAUUGCUAGACAAAAAAAUUAAAUUGAAAUGGAAUGUCCUGAGAAUGGACCCCUGGAAUUGGUUCAGCACGACUUUGCCAAGUUCAUAGCCUGCGAUCUGAAGAAAAGGAAUUUGGAAACCUGUCGCAGCAGUCUCAAAACUACUUGCCAGAAACCCUACAGGAUAUAUGCCAAUAAUAGGACUUACCUGGCUUGCGAGGUCAAAGGAUCACUGCCAGAAACCUCCAAGUGGUCUCAUCCUGCAAAACUCACAAGGACAUUGCCUAAAAUAGACUCUAGAAAAAAUGAGAAGCUUUGCAAUACCCAGUGGCAGUGGAGCGGCGCUAAAUAUUGUAUAGCUCCUUCAUCAAAACAAAGCCUACCUCAAAAAAGAUCAUCUGAAAAGGUUUUCCCCCGAUCAGUAACUAAGAAAUUUCAAUAUCAACCCGAGGCUAUAAAGAGAUCUGUUUUAGAAGAAACAAACAAGUACAGGAAACUGCAUCAAGCGCUUCCUUUGAAAAUGGAUGAUGAAAUUUCUAAUUACGCUGAAGCCUGGGCAAAACACCUGGCUUACUAUGAUCGCCUUGAAACCCGCCCUUUUCCCAUUUAUGGCGAAAAUAUUAUGUGUAUUCGUAAGCCACUGUUUUCCAUCGAGCAUAUGAUGAAGCUGUGGUAUCAGGAAAAGUAUCAUCAUGACUACAUAAAUCCCCGAUUUAGCCCAUACACUGGACAUUUCACUCAAAUGGUGUGGAGGAAUACGAAAUACCUUGGCGUGGGAGUGGCCUCCAACGAUUACCGUAUUUGGAUUGUGUGCAAUUAUGAUCCGCCUGGGAAUACAAGAGGCCACUUUCAGGAGAAUGUUCUGCCCCGAAGACUACUUUUCUAUGAGUCCACAGAAGAGGAAAAUGAAACAAAGAAAAAGGUCCCAUCAUCAAUAAAAAAUCAAGUUAAGCUAAAGAAAGGCCAUUGUAAGAAACUUAAAUUUGCAUGUGAAUGCAGCAAAAGUAAACAAAAAUUAUAAGUAUAAGAAUGAUAAUUAAGAGUAAAUCCCUGUAAUAAUGUUUUUAAUCGAAAUAAAACUACCCAUAAAUACUGGA